AUGUCAUAAGAGUCAUAAACGAGUUUGUUGGGAAACUUAAGAAAAGUAAUUACAUUAGUAGAUCAAUUACGUGAUAUUGGACUUAAUGACUAUAUUAAAUUACCUCGAAUUGUUGUUCUAGGUAUCCAAUCUGCAGGAAAGUCUUCAUUGUUAGAACAUAUUGUUGGAAUCGAUUUCUUACCAAGAGGAUCUGUAAUAUUUUGAUUAGAUUGAUAGGGAGUUGUCACAAGAAGACCAUUGGAAUUACGUCUAUCUUAUUCACCUUAAAGUGUAUGUGCUUAACCUACAGCUGAAUUCGUAGAAGAAAUCAAAGGGAAAAAAUUUACUAAUUUUGAAGAAGUAAGAAAAAGUAUAGAAGAAUUAACAGACAAGGUAUGUGGAAAUAGUAAAAACAUUAUUGACAAACCAAUCAUUUUGGCAGUGACUGGACCUAAUUGUCCAGACCUCACACUUGUUGGUAAAGAUAAAAGAUUCUAUGUAACAUAGACUUACCUGGAAUUACAAGGAUACCUAUUAUGGAUCAACCUAAAGAUAUUGAAUAAAUUACAACUAAUAUGGCUAAGAGAUAUUGUGAAGAUCCAUCAGCUAUCAUUUUAUGUGUUGUUGCAGCCAAUGCAGAUAUGACAACAUCAGAUGCAUUAUUAUUGGCUAAAAAAUUAGAUCCAGAUGGCAUUAGAACUGUAGGUGUCUUAACAAAAAUAGAUAUUAUGGAUCAAGGAACAAAUGCUAUUAAAAUGUUAAAAGGAGAAGAAGUACCACUCAAAUAUGGUUAUGUUGGAGUGAAAUUAAGAUCACAAUAAGAAAUUAAGGAUAAUGUUCCAAUUGUCUAAGCUGUUCAAAGAGAAAAGAACUUUUUUGCUAAUCAUCCUGUUUAUUCUUCUAUUCCUGGAGAUAUAUUCGGUACUUAAGUACUUACAGGAAAAUUAACUAGAAUUCUUUAUAGAAGAAUCCGAAGUUUCUUACCUACUUUAAUGUAAGAAAUUAAUUAAAGAAUUUCUAAAGUAUAGAAUAGACUUGAUAUUUUGGGACCAGGGUUGCCUAUUGAAGAUUCUGUAAUUUUAUUCUAUAACAUUAUUGUAGGAAAAAUUACAUUUUAUUUGGCAACUCAUCCAUGAAUUUUCAGUCCGUUUUAGAAAUUCUAUAACAGGAUAAUAUGAAAAGUAAAAGGCUAAUAUAAAGAGUCUAUAAAUACCAGCUGGGUCAUCAAUUAAAUUACUUUUCAAAGAUUUAUAUGAUGAUUACAGUCAAUUAGACUAUUGUGCAUUAAAGAAAUUUAAGGAUGAGGAUAUUCUUUAAGUCAUAUAAAAAUAUUAAGCUUAAUCUAUUCCAGGGUUUUUACCUGUUGAUGCAUUUUAUGCACUUUUGAAUCCAGAAUUAAAGAAAUUGUAUGCACCUGCUUAUGAUACUCUUGAAUAAGCAUUUUAGAUUCUAGAAUAAUAUGCAACUACUAUUUUAGAAAGUCAAUUAUAAUUGUAAUUUAACUAUUUAUAUUUUAUAGAUUGCCUUCUGUAUAUAAAAUGUUAUAAGAUUAAAUUAUGGAAGUGAUUCAUGAAUGUAAAAAAAAUGCCUAUGAUUCAAUUACUGAUGUUCUCGAUGCAGAAUAAAACUAUAUUUUCACUAAUGAUUUCAAUUAUUUAAGUGGCAAACCAUUUAUUAAAUUUGGAAAAGAAUCAAAAGCUGAUUAACAAAAAGGAAAUCCUAUGGUUUUAGAGUUAAGAACUAAAAUAGAACAUUAUUUCAAAUUAGUAGUUCGAGCCACUAGAGACAACAUUCCAAAACUUAUUGGAUACUUUUUAGUUAAAGGAUGUUAAGUAAAUUAAUCAUUUUGAUAUUUUAGAAUUAAAUGUUAAGAUAAUUAUAAUAAAAUUUAAUGCAAAAUUAAAGCAUUUUAUAAGUCAUUACUGAAGAUUAAAAUGUAGUUGAAGAGAGAAAGAAAUUAAAUAGGGAAAUAGAAACAUUUAAAAAUGCAUAAAAAAUUAUAAAAAGAGAUCCUGAGUAAAUAUCAAAAAUUAUUAAUUAGUCUAUCAGAAUAUAUUUUAUCAGCAACAGAAGAAUAAGAAGAUUAAUAAUAUAUAUAAAAAUAAAAAUAAUAAGCCAGUUCUAUACCUAUUUAAUAAUAGAAUAAACCAUAAGUAUGAUAUUUAAAUAUAUUAUUAGUAAUAAAUACCUUAAUAAUAAUAAUAUUAAUAAUAAUAAUAAUAAUAAUAAUAAUAAUAAUAAUAAUAAUAAUAAUAAUAAUAAUAAUAAUAAUAAUAAUAAUAAUAAUAAUAAUAAAUAACAAAAUAACAAACUUAAUAAUAAUAAUAAAUCUCUACAAAUAAUUAUAAUAAUAAAACAUAGACAAACAAUAAUUUAAUAUCUAAUUAAAAAACAGAUGUAAUAAAAGAUUAAGAAUAACCUCCUUAAAGACCUAAUGAUCCUAUUGUAAACAAAACUACAACAACUUAAUAACCAGAUUCAACCAGAUAAUAACCAUCACCAACAUUACCAUAAUAAAAACCAGCUUAACCUUAAACCUAACCUGCCUAAUAAAGUCAAUAAAAUUAAAAUAAUUAUCCAUUGAAUAAUAAUAAACCCACUGGAGCAGCUCAACCAGUUGCUUAAUAACAAGUCCCUCCUCCUGUAAUUUAAUAAUUUUAUGUAUUUUUAGGUUCAAUAAUAAUCAUAACCCUAAGCCUAAUAACAAUAACCAGAAAAAAAAAGUUUGUUUGGGUUUAUGAAGAAAUGA